UUGGCCAUCUCAUGAGCGCCGAAGCUGGUCUAUAGUAGAUUACGGGCAUCUAUAUGAAUCGUGUAAAUGAAUGGGAGGAAGGGAAUCUCUACUGACUUGCCCGUGUCGUCUAGUGUUGUGAAGCAAGUUGGUAAUUUUCUCUGUAUCGACCGCUCUUUACAAUAUAUACAUAAUACCAAGCACGUACGACUCGUUUUCGAUCGGCCGGUAUUUUCGGUCAAUAGCAUUUUUUUUCUCUCUCCCUCUAUCUUUCAAAGGAAUGGCGGAUUGCUGAUGUCUGAAGGAUGGAAUAACUCUGACAUAUGGUUUCAAAUAUGCAUGUGUUAAUUUCGUGGAUUUCCUGUUAAGUUGUUAACACUGAUUUGGAUUGAAGGAUAAUCUAAUUGCCAAGAUCAUGGAGAAGAUGGAGGAUUAUGGCUACGGGGAUGACCGAGAAGCCGAUAUGGCUUCCCCCUCCGAUGCCAAGGAGUUUCGAAGGACAGCAACUAAUCUGAACUCUCGACCAACCAAUUUUCCUCGUAGUCGACGUGACUUUAUAGACAAUUACUUAACAUUUGUAAAUAGAGACUUGGUUGUUUGCAAGUUAUUUUACUUUUUUUUCUUUGGAGCAUUUGGUUCUCUGUUUCCACUUCUGGCUAUAUAUUUCAAACAACUUGGAAUGAACGCUUCUCAAGGUGGUAUGCUUAUAGGAUUUAGACCUUUCAUAGAAUUUCUCAGUGCCCCUUUUUGGGGAGGUGUUGCAGACAAAUGGAAAAGAGCCAAGGAAUUACUUCUAUUCUCUCUCAUCUGCUGGAUUGUAUUUACUCUAGCUAUUGCCUUUGUUCACCCCCCUGCUCACAAGUGUCUGUAUACAAACCGAACGCAUACAGUUCUAGAAAACCCCAGAGGUCGUCGAGAUACAUCAUAUCUACGAGGUACACAUCAGCCAGUUAUCAGUCAUUUAGAGGUUCCUUAUCGCUAUGCUCGUUCUGCACAUGAUGAUCACGAACCAGAACAAUUAGUGAUGCUUCUUCCACAGUCGGCAAAACGAGGAACAGGUGAAUCUCCACAUCGCUUGGAUCAUAACAAAAUUGCCAAUGCUAACCAAUCAGAUGUUAAAGGACUUGUUCAUUCACCUUACAGUACCGUUGUUUACCGUGAAGAUGAAGUCAAACAUGUUUUUUUUAUACUGUUGUUGCUUGUUGUAAUAGGAGAAUUCUUCGCAGCGCCGGCCAUUACAUUCGCAGAUGCCGUAACUCUGGCAUGUCUCGGCGAAGAUAUGGACAAUUACGGUAGACAAAGAAUGUUUGGGUCUCUAGGAUGGGGUCUUAGUAUGUUUUUCGCUGGUUUAGCUUUAGAUCACUCAACAUCCUUUCCCGAACAUCCAUGUGGCACUCAGCAUGCUGCUGAAAAGAAUUAUACUGUCUGUUUCGCCAUUUUCUGUGUUCUAAUGAGUGCUGCCUUUAUUGCAGCCCUACAGUUUAGAUUUGAGCAUAUGGGACAUGGGAAGGAGAUACAGCUCUCCGAAAUAACCGAACGAGUCAAAGACAAGGUCAAGCAGACCAUCACAGGAAGAAAGAAAAUCGACCGCGAGAGGCUGGUCGAGGAAGACGACGAUGAUGACGGGGUCUUCAAACCAGAAUUAGGCUCGACAGCCUACAACCAAAACAAGUUUAGAGAAAGUAACUCCCCUGGUGAAAAUCAAUAUGGAAAAUUGAAUGGAAAUCAAGAACUUAACAUUAAACUUAACAACCGAAAUGACAUGGUGUCAGACGCCCUUAAGGCCCCUCAGGGCAAUUCCCAAUACGAAUAUCAAGAUGGUCAUUUUAUGGGCAAGUGGUUUACUGUUAUAAAACUUUUGGCUACCUAUAAAUAUCUCUCAGUACUAUUUAUAGCCUGGUUUAUGGGCUUUGGUAUUGGUAUCAUUUUUACCUUUUUGUUUUGGCAUCUUCAAGAUCUUGGUGGUAGUCCAACCCUUUUUGGUGUCGCUUCGGUCAUCAACCACAUUUCAGAACUACUGGCUUAUUUUAUGAGUGCUAAACUCAUAGCAAAAUUCGGUCAUAUUAAAGUUCUAUAUGCGGGUUUAUUAGGAAAUGUUGUUAGAUUUAUGUAUAUAUCUUGGUUACAUAAUCCGCAAUGGGUUUUACCGUUUGAAUUUGUUCAAGGAUUAACUCAUGCUGCUGUGUGGGCAGCCUGUUGUUCAUAUAUUACACAAGCUAUACCUAAAGAAUUAAGAUCCUCAGCUCAAGGUAUAUUACAAGGUCUACAUCAUGGUCUAGGUCGAGGUUGUGGUGCUGUGUUUGGCGGUGUCCUUGUUUAUAAUUAUGGUAGUGUUAUAACAUUCCGAGUAUAUGGUGUAACCUGUAUAUUCGUUUUGGCUAUUUAUAUGGGUACCAAUUAUUACCUUGAAAGACGAGGCUACUUUUCACAUGUCUCAGAAAAAAUAUCUCAUGAGAUCUUAGAGGAAGCAUCUAUCUUGGCACCGCAUGGGGUACCCUCGGGAGCUUCCGCUCUAGCUAGGGAUUUAUCCAGUAAUCGUUUGUCUGACUAUGAUCAAGGAAAUAACCAAGGAUAUGGAGCUACCCAUUAUGAAGGAAUAAACACAUUGCCAACAACCAUGCCUAAACGCGAUAAUGCAGGGAGUUAUAAUAAUGAAAUUAAUUAUAAUGGAAAUUUUGCUGACUGGUCUUCGCCCAGCACUGGCGGGGACCGAUUAUUCAUGCAGGAGCCACCAAGGAUGCCAACACAGAUGUAUCAACAACAGCCAAAUAAUACCAUGGAUCAAAUGUAUGGUCCAUAAACAGAUAUCGAUCAAACAAUGGGCCAUAUCAUAGGAAUGCCGCCGAUCUAAUGUACAAACCAUAGAUUUACAGAACAGAAAAACAGACGAAAAAAUUAGCUAAACAUGUUGGAAAUUAAUGUACGUAAUGAUGAAACGUAUAGAAAACUAUGUAUAGCUCACUUGAGACCCUUGGGUCAAUGUAUUAAAAUCUCGAUCAGUUCCACUAAGUCUAAUUAAAAUUGCAGUAGAUAUUACUAGAGCAAUGUAUUAAAAUCUCAAGUUGUACCGCUAGUUAAAUGUAUAAAUUUUACAAACUGUACCACCAGGUCAAUAAGGAUACUUUAUUAGUUGCAAUACUUGUGUCUGGUGAUUUAAUGAACACUAAAAUUAUGUUUUAAGCUGAAAAUUGUAUUAUUAUCACAAAUUAUGCCAUUAGGCCAGUUGUAUUAAAAUCUUCGGGUUAACUGUGUUAAGAUCACGAUCAUUCGUCAUUUCGUGUUCAAUGUAUUAAAAUCCAAAGUGGUACCUACAGGAUUAAUUGUAUUUUAAAAAUCCAUGUCGCUACGACUAGGUCAGUCUGUUAACAUAUCUCAAGAGAUAUUGUAUUGCGGGAAAGUGAUAUUAUUUUAAAUUCAUCAUCAUAUCACCAAAAUAUUUAAUAUCCGACAAUUAGAUAGAUGUAAAUAUACAUAGUUAAUGUAAAUUUUGAUAUAAGUAGGCUCUUUAGUAUAGGUUUAGCCAAAAGUUGGUAAAAGUACGCCGACAAUAUGCGCAUUCUGUGGUUUUCAUAUUGCGCCAGAAUCAAUACACUGUUUUAUGUUAAAAGUUAUUUUCUUACCGCUGUUCAAACUUUAAAUCCUAACACCUUUAAAGAAGUAGUUCUUGAGGUAUGUAAGUGAGUAACACUCGUUACUUCGAUUUAAAAGGCCGUUUGUAAACCUGGUCUUGUACAACUAUCUGAAGCUCUACUUUUUUAAGUACAUGUAAUACAAUUUUCAGUUCUCCGAAUAGGCUGACCAUAUGUUUCAAAAACCCACUAUGUCUAACUGUCUUGAUAAUCAUGUCUCAAUAAUUGCUGAAGUAAUUAGUAAGUGAUGGCCAUAAUUAUCAAGUCACUUGAACAAAUGGAUAAUGGGGUUUCUUUGUUACGUUAUUCUGUUAACAAAUCUAUCGAUCAUUCCCGAGCGACAUAAUAAUUUGAAUUGAAGUUUUCAGACAAGGUAAACAGGCUACUUGAUCAGAUUUUGGCGUUUAAUAUACUUACUUUAACCUACUACUUUUUUUUAAAUGUCCUAUAAAAAUGGGGACUUCACUUUAAUCUUGAAUAACAUUGAAGUGACUUUAUAUUAUAAAAAGUGUACUAGAAUUCAGUAAUAUUAGUUAGUUAGAAUGUGUAUACCUUUUCAUUUCAUUAAGAUAAUUGUCUUUUAUUCUUUCGAUCAAAUUUAACCUUUACAAAUGUUAAAAUUGUUGUCUAUUUGAUUGCUUUUCUUAGGUUCACCGACAAACUGAAAGGUGGACUUGGCUCGUAACGGCAAGGCUGUGAUACAUUUAAAGGGAGGUUACUCUGUUGUUAGAUUUUAGUUAAGACAAAUCAGGAAUGCACCAAACUAGAAUUCUGGCACAAGUCAUGGUAUCUUAUUUUAAGUUGUGUGUGACAGAAAAUGUGAGUCUCUUUAUGGGUACGAAAGUAUAUUCUAUACUUUGACUGUCUUCUACACAGCAAACAUAAUUAUGUCAAAUACGGAUUUUAUAGAAUGGGGCGCAUGUUAUAUUUUUUACUUGUAAUGCAUAUUAUAUAUGACUAUAAACUUUGAAUUCUAAUUCUAAUAUAACACAAUAAGGUGGAACACAUACUGUGUGUUUGACCACGGUCCGGACUGUGAAAGUAACACAAGUAAGACAUUGUAUAUGUUAGUCAGACAUACGUGUAUAUUUACAAGUGGUCUCACUAGAGAGAUUUUACUGUAUGUAUGUUAUAGUGUGAUUUUUAGACAUGAAUUUUAAUGUUUUAAAAACUAAAGUAAUCGCUAAAAUUAGACAUAUACGAAUGCCAUGACAUGGAUAUUGUAAUAUACUGAUUAAUAAUAAUAUAGUAUGACGAUAUGAUAGAAAAGUUGUUUGAUUGUAAAAAUGUACGUAAUAAAAUGAUAUAUAAGGAAAUAAAAA